GGGGGAGGUCGGAGCAAAGGUGCCAAGGGUGGCGAUCGAUUGGGCUUGGGCACCAGCCAAGAGGAAUUGGCUGGCAUGGCAAAAUGGGCACGGUCAGAGAGUGGGCCGAAGUCCUCCAGGUGAGUCACAUUGGUGCAUCUGCAAUCGGCUCAGUUUGGAUCUGGAAAGAUCUGUGGGGUAGAAAGAAGGACCUCCAUCCUGGUCCUUUGAACCGGCAAUGCUGCCACCAGCCGCUGCACCUGCCAUUUUGCCACUGCAAAGCUCUACUGCCGAAUGCCAGCCCCCGGGACAAGGAUUUCCCAAGCCCUCUUUUCCUGAUUCUCCCCAAUUUUGUUUUUAAAAAUAGACAGCUUGCUAUCACGUUGCGCAUUGAGGCAUGUACCUCACCAGAGCUUGGGAAAGUGAUGGGACUGCAACUCUCAGAAUCCCCUGAAUGGGAGAUUUGGAGAGCUGCAGGGCACAUACUCUCAGCCUCAAAGGAAAGCAAUGGCUAACCUCCUCUGGACAAAUUGGGCCAAGAAAACCCCAGGAUUUGCCUUAGGGUUGCCAUGAGUCAGAAGUGACUUGUAGGCAUACAACACACACUAUUUUGCAGUGCGGCGGCAACCCAAGGAAAUUUCAGUGCGUGUUUGAAAUCUAAAAGAUGCAGCAAGAAAGGAAAGGGAAGCGGGAGGGAUGAGGGAAAAACCUCUUCAGAUUUGGAAGUGGAUUACUCACCCUUGGGUCCUUUUGGAAGAAGAAGAGAUGGCGGUCAGGGAAAAGGGGGAACGGGGCUGAGAUCCAGGACUUCUCAGCAUCCUCAAACACCAUUGUGGGACCUGAAAACUGCGGCCAGUGAAACUUCAGGCCACAAUCUCAGUCAUUUUUCACGCCAGCCCUGCCAGGUAGUCUGGCAUUUCAAAAGUGAGCAAUUUGCAGCUGAGUUGAGACUGUGAACAAAAUUCACCCCAAAAAAAGAGUCCAGUUUCAUGUUGCCUUUCCUGGGGUAGCCAUGUCUGUAAUGGUUUGGGCUAUGGAGACCAGGGUUCGAUUCCCUUCUUGGGCAUAAAAACCCAUUGGGUGGCCUUGGGCAAGUCACACUCUCUCAGCUUCUGAAGAUAUGGCAAGGGCUCUGGAGAAACGUGCCAAGAAAACCCUAUGAUCAACAAUGAUCACUCUGCACAUCUCCCCAUGUCUGUCUAUCAGGAUGUAAGGAGGAAAGAUUGGGCAUUUUCCUGGCAGAGUUUGCAAAAGGGCAUUUUGGGGCUGCAGCAGGCUGUAAGUUGGAGGAUUUUGGAUGUUGCAGUCCAAAAGCAAACUUUCCCAAGCUCCAUUCCCAGCAUCGGGCUGCCUUUGCCCUUCAAGCGAAUGAGUUAAAGCGUGAAGGACUGGGAGAUAGCGAUAAGCUUUCUUGUCAACACUGCAGGCUUGUAAACUCACUCUUCAAGUAGCUCUUAAAGCCAAAUGCGAAACCAGAAUGUGUGUGGAAUUUGGAACUGCAUCCCUUGCAGGCCAAGGAAGACAGGGCAGGCAGUCCAAACACACAGGUUUUAAAGGGGGGGGGGGAUUACAUCAAAUCAUGCAGAUAUGCAACCGCAAAGUCUUCCUAAGAGCUUUGAAAACCAUACCCGGGAGGAGUGUUUUCAUAUCUUGUUCUUGCAAGCAGUUAACUGCUCAGGAGCCCUGCUGAAGUGAGGACUUUGGCAACUUGUGAAUUAUUUCAGUGCCUAAAUGAUGUUUGUUUUAAUUUUCCCCUCUGGGUUUUGUUCUGUAUUCAGCUUUAGAGUUACAGCCUCCAUGCGCUUCCUCUGAAAUGUGAAGCAUCCAAGUCUAUUUGCAAGGUUUCCAAACUGGGCAAACGAAUUUAGUUAAAGAAAGAAGGAUGGAUGGAUGGAUGGAUGGAUCAGGGCUGACUUUUUUCCUACUGAUGUUGGGAUUCCUGACUCCGGCUCUCCUUCUGCCUCCGAGGCCCCUGUGCGACCAGAGCGUCAUGGACAAAUACAUCCAAGAUGCCAGCCGGGUGGAAAGAGAAAUCGAGGAAAUGUGUCGAACUUCCUGCAACUUACCGGAACCCAUCACCGUCCUGGACACCAAGGUGAAUUUUCCUGCCUGGAGAGCCAUGGAUAGGUCAAGGCAGGCCUCCGAGGUCUGGAGAGGCCAGUCCCUCCUUGCAACGGCCAUCGGAGAGGUCAAGAGGCAGACGCAGCCAGACAUUCGCAGGUUCCUUCUCCAGCUGGAGGUGAUCGAAAGCUACCUGCGCAGCAUCAGAGAGAUCCUGCGCGGCCACAAUGCCCAGGUGGACUCCCAGGAUUUGAACUCGACUCCCACCUUGAGCAUACAAACUGUGCAAAAGCUGUUCAACGUCUACUCCAGUUUCCUGCGGGGCAAAGUCAACUUGUUUGUUUCCAGAGCGUGUCAAGGCAGUGGCACGUGACAACCCCCCCAAAAAUCCCUUCGUUUUCAUCCGGGGGGAAGGAUGUUGCCAACUGACCGCAUGGCACCUUGGUUGACUGGCACAUGCAAUCGCACACAGACACAGCAGACACACCCACACACCUAUCGACCUCAUGGCUCAUGGGGAUGAUGGUUUUCUGUCCUGUUUGGGACCCUGCCUUGUCUCACGUUGGUGUUCGCACACACAUGCUAGAAAGAGAGACAUGCAACUGAGAAGACACACCAGCGGUUGUGCAAGUGGUAAGGAAAGACGGGGCACCUCAGCCUUGGAGGACGGAUAUUUUCUCAAAAACAAUAAGCAAUUGGUGCAAGGCAUGAGUCAUAUACCAAAUUUUCAAAGGGGAAAGGAGACAGCUUGGCACGCAGGUGCCCUCGCGGCCAUCUUGAAAAGAAGACGGCAGAUGAGGGCGGCCAUCAUUGCGCACGAUGGAUACUUCUUCAUCCGUCGCACUUGGUUUGGGCAAGAGGAAACGGAAAGGAGAACCUUUUUGCCAAAUGAAGCAAAAGGGACCACAACCUCACAACCACAACCGUUCUGAAGGAAGCCAAGUGGCCGGAGGAUGGAGACUCAGAACUUGGUAGCCCCAAGAGUCAUGGCCAUGCGAUGACCGCUGACGUGGGGCAACUGGGAUGGAGUGGAUGACCACAUAGAGGCCCACAUGGUGGGCAGCCUCUGAGUGGUGGACCUACAAAGUCUGUGGUUGUAGCUGUUGGUGGGUUUGCUUACGGAGCUGUUGACUUAUGGGAGUUGUUGUCCAAGGGAGGAAGAAAAGGAGAAGAAAUAAAUGUAGGAUGCGGAGGAGUGGGCAAGGAGCAGAGGAGGAAGGAAGGCAGGAAGGAAGGAAAGGAUUCUCCACAAAUCCAAAAUUUAGCCAAGGAACAUCCAGUGGAACAGAACUGGAGGGAAAGUUCCUGUUUGGGACUCAGCUCCCAGAAUCCCCCAUCCAGCCAAGGACUACAGUUCCAUCCAAGAGGGAUGGACUACAUGGCUGCCUAGGGGGUUCUGGGAGCUGUAGUCCAAAACAGGGCUUCUAGGAGUUGGAGUCUGAAACAAGAACUCUUGAGAGCUUUAGUCAGAAAACAGGAAUACUGGGAGAUGUAGUCCAGAACAGGGAUUCUGGGAGCUGUAGUCCAAAAUGGGGAUUAUAGGAGUUGGAGUCUGAAACAAGGAUUCUGAGAGCUAUAGUCAGAAACAGGGAUACUGAACUGUGUAGACCAAAAUGGGGAUUCUGGGAGUUAUAAUCCAAAAAGGGGAUUCUGUGAGUUGUUCAUUCUCAAUGGGGAAUCUGGGAGUUGUAGUCCAAAAAAGGAGAAAGCUUUUGCCCAGGUUGUGCUCAGUGUCUUGAAAGUCUGAAAUUGGUGAUUGCCUGGAGCCGGUUUCUGAGGGUCACCAUUGACACCCAGUAAGUGAAACUGGGAGGACUGGGGAGGUCUAUUCAUAUACAGAUCAUGGGAAGCUGAAGAGGUCUUUCCUCAAUUUCUGUCCAAUUUUGCUUUUGCGCUGCAUGUAAAACCUUGACGGCUGUCUCUUCCCCAGCGCAAUCCCUUCUGCACCUGCUCCGCUGCUGCAAGCCCAGUUGCACCCAGUAGCUCUUACUCCUGGGUAAAUGGAUCCUUAUGGAUUAUAUUAUUCAAAGGCUGCAGUCCUAUGCAACCGGAGUGAGUUGCCUUGGGUUUCAUGGGCUUUACUCCAAGGUAAACUCAAGAAGAAGGAUUGCACUGAAGGGUUUUAAUGUGUCAGAUGGAGCCAAUGUGGGUGGGAUGCGAGAAGAGAUGUGGUUGCAAAAGUGACUGACAGGUAUCAAUCAUAUUGUGAAGUGGGGAAAUUAGAACUGGAGCCAGACUGGAGAGAGGAGACACUCAAGUUCUGUUAACACUAUUGUCCCAAAUGAGAUAAUAUAAACUUGGGGGAUGAUUGACAGCUGUCAAUCUCUCCAGGAUAGCAAAGAAGUAAACUGAUUGUCAGAAUGGUAUUUCAUAGUCACUCUCCACACACGCCUUGGUUUCAUAUUUACAAAAUUCAUACUUAAAAAAGGUCCAAAAUGAAUGUUGCAGGGGCUUUCUAGAAAAUCAAGGGGAGUGAUUGAUAGCCGUCAAUCACACGUACAGCGGGGCCUUGUUAUCUGCUGGGGUUUGGGUCCAGGAUCCCCUCUGGAUACCAAAAUAAUUUUUAAAAAUCGGGUUUUGCUUUUCGGAAUUUGUGUAUUUGUUAUUCCGUCUCGAUAUUUCUGACUUACGCCAAUCCUGAGGCUGCUUUCAUGGGGCUUUCUUGGCAAGGUUUGUCCAAAAGGGAUUUGCCAAAGGAAUGUGACAGAUGACUUUUUAAAGUUCGGACUCAAACCCAAAGCGGAUUCCUCCCCAAAAAACCGACCUGGGCUUGGCUCUUUCCCCAAAGUAAAUAGUAAUCAUCACAAGUCAUUGCAAGUGUUUCCUGAAUGUGUGUGUGUAUAUGUGUGUGUGUGUGUAAAGUUUUGUUCUAAGGGGAUUUUAUGAGAGUUUAUAUUUGAUAUUAAGUUAAACAUGUACAGUUUUCUGUAUAUUUAUCUCACGGACUUCAGAGAGCAGCUGGUUUGUAAAGUGGGCCGGGAAAGGAGGAUUCCUGGUGGAUGGGAUUUGCGAUCAAUCCUCCUUUUGUAGCCCUUGCUUAUCUUUAUUAAAGGUUCUCCUGCUUCCUGGACAAAUCCACCGUUUGUGAGCUUUGCUUUUCCAAAAAGGGAACAAUUAUCAAGCCUGCAAGGAAGGAAGUCUGGAUGGGAAAUAUUCCCCCAAUUGCCUUCUCUCAACUUCAGCCCUGCCUGGCAGUCUGCUGGGAUACGCAGUAGCACUCUACCCAUGCCCAGAGGCACUUUCACCUUUGAUUUAUUGGCUUCGCAUCUCCUGGAAAGGAGCCAAGAUGGUGAACACUGGGAUUUUUUCAGACAAAUUUC